UAGGCUACUUCGUGGUUCACAUGUUGUUGCAGUUGUGAGAUAAACAGCGUACGCCAAAACUAGACAGCAUUUCCAAAACUUGAUUUUAGUAACGUUACCUGUUCGUCAAAAAUAUCACAGGAAUGUCGUUAAACAGAGAUUUGUUGUUAUGCUAGUUAUCCAUGACAAUAACUGUAGCUUGGGCCUUUGUUAGGCUUGGUUUCUAGGGACACCGUUGCUAUAGAACGCGAACUGUGUAACGUUGACCAAGGUCAGCCUAUUUCCUCCAAUCACGACAGCGCACUGCAAACGAAACCCUUUGAAUCAGCCAAUCAAAUGAAAGAGCGAUUACCCACCGGAAGAAAAGGGUUUCAAGACUGUGGGAUGACACAAGUAGUUCGCAACUAUUUUUAUGCACGUUUUGCUCAUAUCGGCGUUUGAAUGUUUGUAAUUUCGCAUGAAGAAAUCAGUGAGAACAAGGUCCUCCUCCCCACCCCUGCAUGUGCACGUGAACGAGAGCACACCUGUGCAUGUUCAUGUGAAGAAGAGCACGAAAUGCAGCCCUACCAAGACAGCCCAGGUUAAGUCAAAAACUGGCUUGCAUCCUACUGCUAAGGUGAAGACAAGAGUUCCAUGGAUUCCCCCUGGCAAGGUCUCAGCCCGAGAGACCUCAUAUAAGUGGGAUGGACCAUCCCAUCGUCUGGAAAUAACGGCUCCACAGGAGCCUGAGCGUUCCCAGUCUCCUAUGCGAAUAGAAGAUCUGUCCACCAAUGAAGAAGAGGCACUGCAUGGACGCAUAAAUCAGUACGAGAGGAAGAUCGACAGUCUGAUGACAGAGGUCAGCUCUCUGAAAAAGGAGGUAGAGCUUCGUAAGAAGGAGCAGCUGCUUGAGCGUCAGUCGGAGAGGUUGAGCGCAUCCCAGCGUGUCAUCGCUGAACAGGAAGAGGAGCUUGCAGAAGUCGCCCGAGAGCUGGAGGCCACAGAGCAGGAGAACUCACGUCUACGAGAGUCCAUGGAGAAGAUGCUGGCAGAGAAUGAUUUCGGGAGAGUAGAGAGGGACGGCAUGCAGCUUGACAAAGAUGUUCUACUCAGGAAGCUGCUGGAAGCAGAGAUGGACAGCAGUGCGGCUGCAAAACAGGUUUCGGCCCUUCGCGAAACGGUCAGCCAAAUGUCUAGGAGUACAAGUGAGAAAAAGAUGUCAGGAUCAGACUCGACACUUUUGGUUCGACAAAAGGAGAUGUUACUGCAGAAGCUGGAGACUUUUGAGAGCACCAACAGAACUCUUAGGCAUCUUCUUAGAGAACAGCAUAGCAGAGAGAUGGACUCACUUAGACUCUUGGAACAGAAAGAUGCACUGCUGAAAAGGCUUUCUGAUGUAGAAGAAGAGAAUUCGCGUAUUCUUGUAAAGCUUCAAGACAAAGAAAGAGAGGUCAACCAGCUCACUUCCAUAUUAGAGAGUGAAAAGGAAAGCUCAAAAACCACCAGCGAACUGUCCAAAGUCUUAGAGUCCACCCGUGCACAUCUACAGGGUCAACUGCGAAAUAAAGAAGCAGAGAAUAACCGCCUUAACGUUCAGAUCAGGAAUCUGGAGCGAUCCCUCAGCCAGCAGCAGGGGGAGAUGGACCACCUGCAGAACCAGCUGCGAGACCUCAGGCAGCAGGCGGAGGCUGAUAAGGAGGCCCUAAAGAAAGCCACGCGGGCACAGAAACUGCGGGCACAGCGCAGUGAAGACACUGUCGGACAGCUCAGUGGCCAGCUCUUAGAGAUAGAAAAACAAUUGGCAGAGGCUGUGACAGCUGCAGAAAACUGGAGCAGUCGCCACGCAAAAGAGAUGAAGGACAAAGGACAGCUUGAGGUGGAGAUCGCACUGUUGAACAGCCGCAUUACAGACCUGACUGAACAUUUGCAUGGGCAGGAAGAGAAAUCCCGGAUUGAGAGAGACGGACUCUUGGAUCGCCUUCAUGAGCUCAAUACAGAGAGCACUACUGUACGCCUGGAGAACCAGAGCCUUAAGGCCACUUUGACUGCCUUGGAAGAGAAGCUGUUGUUGUCUCAGUCUGAGGUCCAGCAGGUCAAAGUGUCUGUGAAACAGUACGAGAGUUUGGUGGACAGCUAUAAAGCUCAGAACCAGAAGACCCGUGCUGAAGCAGACGAGUUUGCUGCACGUCUGCAGAUGGCUUCAAGUGAAGCUCAAGCUGUACGAGAUGAACUAGACCAGGAGAUCCAGCAGGUCAGGAAGCAGCUUCAGGGUCGACUGUCAGAGCUGGAGCCCCUUCCUGAAGCUCUGAGACAUGCUGAACUCCAACUGCAGGAAGCUCACGAGAAAGAGAGGUUACUAGAGAGAAGAAACACAGAGCUUGGCACUUCCCUUACAGAGCUACGCAUCAAGGCAGAGCAACAGGGAAGCUUGGCGGAGAUGUUGAGGCACAAAAACAUGCUGCUACAGGAGGAAAACAAACAGCUUCAGCACAAAAUGGAGAGCCUUGAACGGAAGCAAGAGGAGGCUAACUCGCAAAAUCGAGAUCUCAUCCAGGUCAUUUCAAAACGGGAAGAGACGAUUCAUAGCAGCCAGGUGCGUCUGGAAGAAAAGUCUCGAGAGUGCAGUAUUCUGACCAAACAGCUGGAGGAGGCAUUGGAUGAUGCCCGUCGACAGGUUACCCAGACCAGAGAGCGAGCAGCUUCUAAAGAGCGCGUUACGCAGUCCAAGAUUGUCGAUUUGGAAGCUCAACUGAGCAGAACAUCAACUGAGCUGAACCAGUUACGACGAGCCAAAGAUGAGGCCGAACGGAGAUACCAGAGUCGUUUACAAGAUGUCAAGGACAGACUAGAGCAGUCCGACAGCACAAACCGAAGCCUGCAGAAUUAUGUCCAGUUCCUAAAAUCUUCUUACGUCAAUGUGUUUGGAGACCCUGCUCUCACUGGCUCCUCAUUCCGCACACCUUCGCCUAUCUGAAACCACUUUCAGGUGUCUGUUAAGACUUCUUUUACAUGAACUGUAUUAGUCGACAACUGAUGACCUCUGUAAGUUUACUGUGUUUGUGCUUUACUCCGUAAAGGAAUAGUUCACUCAAAUAUGAGAAUUUGCUAUUAAUUUACUUACCCUCAGACCAUCCGAGAUGUAGGUGAUUUUUUUUGUCAAGACUUUAAGCUGAAAAAUUAAUGCCACCAUCACUUUAGUAAUCAUAUUAUGAUACAUAUUUGUUUUGUCUGUAUUUUUUUGUUUUGUUUACUCUUAGAGUUCAGAGAUUGUUUAAUUUCCAUUGAAGGAGCACCGAUUGAGCUGAAAAUCUUUCCGGAUCUGUUGAAGAAAAACAGUCACCUACAUUUCAGAUUCCCAAUGGAUGAGUAAAGGCAUUUUUGGGUGAACUAUCAACUUAUGAAAUGCUAAUUUUACUUAAAGUUGCAGUUUAGCACCAAGAAAGCUUUCAGUUUAGGAUUACAUAUCCAUCUCACUAAGAGAAUUCUUGUCUUAUUUUGAUCUCUCAAGACGGUUAUGCAAUAAACAGACUUAAAGCUUUUAUGAUCCUUAUGCAUAAGCUUUCUUCCUGAAUUUGCAUGGCAAUAAUGAAGGAUUUCACAGCGCGGACUGUAAAGUAGCUAUUACCGAUUUCAUCUUUUAUCGUUUACUUGUAUGUGGCUAUAAAACAUACAGCUUGCUUUUUAGUUCUAGCAAUCAAUUCGAUUUAAUUGCUUCCAGUUUACAUAAUAUCAGUAUGACGAUGAGACACAGCAAGAGUUAUACAGUCAUAAAUUGUCCCUUUUAUUAAUAAAAUCCCAUUUGAAACAUCAUGAUCACCUGCUCAAAUUUAGAUUCGCUGGGAGGAUUUAAAAUUCAAAUGACCACAAACUCAGGAUUUAUCAGUUUAUUUGUCAGCCAAAAUUAUUUUUAGCUAUAACCGGCCUAUUAUGUGAGUAUAUCUGUUAAAAUAAUGCACAAAGCAUCCUUUGAGUCAAAAUGAACAUUAUAUUGGUGUUUUCAGUAGACUGAAUGCAUAGAAUUCCUGUUAUAAAAUGUGUCUAUUGGUGCUAUACAUUUUACAUUACUGUAAUCGUCCAUCUGUUUUUUGUUUAAGGUCAUACUUGCACUUUUUAUUUUAUUUGACUGAUACUUGUCAUGUGAAUUAACCAAACAGUAAUGCUUCACUGUUGUUUGUUUUAACAUGAAAUGCAGCAGCAUGUGUAAUUUUUUUAUUCGCUAAGAAUAUUUGUAUACAUAUCAAGUGUAUAUUAUGUAUUGAAGUGUAUUAAAUUCCUUUGAAAACUG